AUGAGAGUUUUCGUCGCGUGCUUGGAUGCGAUCGUUUCGUGUCGUGAUGUGUGUCGCUUUACAGCAGGAGCCAUCCUUACGGUCAAACGACGACGUGAUGACUUCGUCGCAAAUAUCCCGCAUGACGACCAGCCACUCCUCGUCAGGUCUGAAGUCGAAGUUGAUGAAUGCGCUCGGUUUCAAUCAGUAAUCACUCCGGGUCCGCUCGCCGGUCGCACGGGUUACUGUUUCCUGUCUCGCUUCUGUGCCUGA